CUUAGUCUCCCAUUUGCAAAACACUGUCUGCUAGAUUGUUUUAUUGUGGCAUGCAUACAUUGGAUUCCAGCUACUAGAAAGAUGGAUCUCAUCAAUGUUAAAAUUCCCAAAAUACUCGGUGCAUGGUGGGUGGGUGCUGCCUCAUCUGUGAUCAAGCUUGGGGUUGUUUGCUGGGCUUGGCGUUGUUGGAGUUGCCGACAGUCUCUACAAUGUUGGGGGAGGGCAUCGCGCCAUCGUCUUCAACCGUAUCACUGGUAUCAAAGAAAAAGGUGCAUCCUGAAGCAACACACUUUAUGAUGCCGUGGUUUGAGAGGCCUACCAUUUACGAUGUCCGUGCAAGCUAGACCCCAUAUGUCUAGUGGAAAGCACAUCUGGAAGUCGUGAUCUUCAGAUUGGUAAUGUGUCUUCUUGCUUUAAAUUGUCAAGUCUUUCUUCUAUCUGUUUCAUUCCCCUUUACAAACUAGUAAAUGCUAACUUGAAGU